AGUAUCAGACAUUUAAAGCUAAAGUGUGGAGCAUUCACAGGAAUCAUAUGUAGUCGUCUAACAAGCGAGAUGUUGGUGGUGUUACAACUGUUAUUACUGCUCUGUGUUGGCAGCUCAGUUUCACAAAAUUUUAUGACACCAACUGUGAACAUUAAUGUUCAGAUUCCUGAGCUGGAGAAGCUGCAGAAGAUGGAGGAAAAGAUUCAAACAUUACAAGAAACAUUAAACAAAGUACUAAAUGAGAAUGAAGCUCGAAAGAUUGCAUUUUCAGCCGGACUUCUGGAAUCAGGAUCAGGGGGCAUUGGGCCUUUUGAUGAUAAUUGGAAAACACUGGUCUACAAGAAAGUGUUUAGUAACAUUGGAAAUGCCUAUGAUUCAAAUACUGGUAUUUUCACAGCACCAGUACAAGGAGCCUAUUACUUCAGAUUUAAUGCUCAUACACGUUCUCCAUUUAACCUGGGAGCCGGUCUAUUUAAAAAUGAUGUACCUCAAUGCUCUGUGUCUUCUUGGAAAUCAACCACCCAUAGUAAUGCCAGCAAUGGAGUCGUUCUUACACUGGAACCUGGUGAUCAAGUUCAUAUCAAAGUCUGGAGAAAUGCUCAGGUUUAUGAUAACAAAGAUAGCUUAACCAGCUUCAGUGGUUUUCUCCUUUUCCCCUUAUGAAUAUGGAGCUUGAAUCAUUCCAACUGUAUCAUGAUUUUAGAUUAUCUCCUCUAAAGACCAAAAGUUUAUCAGUUGUCUUUAAAUGCAUCCCAGAGACUUAGCUCACAUAUCUGGAUAGUCUCCUAGUCUACUAUCAGUAAAAUUUAUCAAUGCAAAAUAUGAAUAAGAACAUUUUGACACUAAUGUCUCAUUCAAAACCUUUAUUUCAAUGUAUUUUGGAGAUGACGGUUCUGUGUCUAAUACAACACUAUUAAAACAUCCUCAAUGAAAGUAUAUUUCAUCACAAUCUUAAUAAACAUUAAUAAACUUGUCUUUAAA